CGUUCCGGCGUGUUGGAGCGAAAUCAUAAUUUUCAUUCAGCCCAUAAUCAUAACUUGUCCGAAAGUCUGUCACGUAGUCAUCUUAUUCCCGAUCAGGUUCAAUCAAAUUCUAAGCUUGCUGAUGCUACAAGUGAAGUAUCUCUUCGUUAUUCACCUAUUUACACGUUUCUGCAUCAUGAUCAUUCUCCAUCGACUCGGGAAGAAAUGACUGCCACCAAGGGCAGACAAAAACCUCAUGGUCUUGCCGAGUUACAAACUCGAUCAUCUAACCUUGAUUCCACUCCAGCACCUUCCACAAGCUCUGCAGAUCUUAGAAAUAGUCUUACCUCGGUUUCGCAACUUGGUCGCGUUGGCAUGGCGACUUAG